AUGAGCUUGUAUGAGCCGGCGUUUGUUCUCAUAACGGCUCAACGACCGGUUCAACAGACAGAGCAACCAAACAAGACGCCAGCUCAAUCUAAGCUACCUGACAUCGCACUGCCUAAAUUCAAUGGCAGCUAUACAGACUGGCCGUCUUGUGCAAGUUCACAGGAGCACCGACAGAUCGCAUCGAUUCUGUCAGCUGACAGCACUCAAUGGAUGUUCAACCCACCAGCUGCUCCUCACAUGGGAGGAAAAUGGGAAGCUGUGGUGAAAUCAAUCAAGUACCAUCUCAGGAGAACAAUUGGUGAGCUCUUACUAACAUUCGAAGAGUUUUCCACUCUCCUCACACAGAUCGAAGCGGUGCUCAACUCAAGACCAUUGGAGCUGCUCAGUGACGAUCUCGACGACAUCUCUGCGCUCACCCCAGGACACUUCCUCAUCGGUUCAGCGCUCAACACGAUACCAGAACCAUCACUGCUCGACGUCUCACCAGGUAGAUUGUCGAAAUGGCAACUGAUCCAGCAGAGGGUUCAACACUUCUGGUCUCAGUGGAGUCUCUACCUGCAGAGACUUCAAUCAAUCUCAAAGUGGCAUCAUCCAUCGAACGACAUCAAGACAGGCUCGUUGGUACUGCUCACGAACGAGCAUCUUCCACCAAGCAAGUGGCCACUCGCAAGAGUGACCGAAGUUUACCCCGGCAAGGAUGCCCUCACCAGGGUUGCAACCUUGAAGACUGCAACCACGACUCUCGUCCGACCGAUCACCAAGCUUGUCAUCCUGCCUGUUCACCAUCAAGCUGAGCUCACCUCUGCAGAAACAUCAUCAACGAGUUGCUGA